ACACCAAACCGUAGCUGUUUAUAACCAACCCUGACGCGACGCGUCUGAGUGCUGACAUCAUCGAGGCAUUUGUACGCCGGCGGUCGGCUUACUCGGGAGAGCCGCGAUCGUGAUAAGCCGACUUAUAACUGCUCCGGACCAGAGCAACAGCCCAACCCGCAUCCUCCCCACCGCCGUCUCUUCUCCGCAAUGUCGCAACAACCGCAGCAGCCGCGGUCGUCUCCCGUCGCAUUGCUCUCGGACAAGCUCGCGACAAUCAACCUCAAGAAAAACCGUCUGCUGGGCGACGACACUCAUGCCUAUGAGCAAUUCUCCCUGCCUGCAUCCGCCAACGAAUCCCCGUCCACCUCCAGCCCGUCAUCCCCCACGGCCGAUCAGGCCUCCGAGCGCGACUCCUACAUAGAGGACGCAGACGCAGACGCGGACGAUACCGACGCCGACGACGGCGCCCAUGCCGUCUCUACUCCUUCACCUUCUGCCUCGCCGCGCGCAGCCCGUUUCUUCAUCGACGCCUCCGCCCCCGUCUCCCGCGAGUCCUCCGCGGGCGACUCCUCGCUCGGCACGCCGCCAUCGACGAUUCCCACCUCAUCAUCAACCGUGCCUGGCGAGGAUCCCUAUGCGCGAAAGAACCGCCCACCGCAACCGCGCGCGGGCGAGGACAUCGCGCCUCGGUUUGUGUUUAAAAAGAAACUGCACCGCCGGCACCGCUCUGCGUCCGCCGACCGCGAAUCCCGUUCGGCCGCUGCCACUUCGUCACCGUCCCUUCUCUCGCCGACCGCGGCCGCCGGCGCGCACUCAUCAUCCGGAUCCGCUGCGACGUCUCCGACUUCUCCCUCUACACCUUCUUCCAAAGGCCUGCCGUCGUCAUCAUCAUCAUCAGCAGCGGCAGCGAAUGACCGGUCUUCUUCGACAAUAUACGCGCGCCCGGCCGCGGCGGCGGCGUCUUCGGCAGUCUCGUUAGUCUCGGCAUUCGGCAAGAACCACCACAACGACAACUCCGGCUCCGGAUCAGAAUCCGGCGACAAGACCUCCGGCAGCGGUCGGAAACUAAAGUCGGCGCAUGGAUCGAUGAUGGAGCUCAAGCGGUUUUUCAAACCCAAGGGCCAUAAGCACAAGGAUAAGAGCUCUGUGCCGUCCUCUGGCUCGUCGGCGUCGGUCAAUAGUUUCAUGUCGUCUGCGCCUUCCGUCCACGCGGCGUCGUCGGCGUCGACUAGUAUCGGAGGCUUCAGCCGUUCCGGAUCGUCUUCGAGUUUGAAGAAUGUGCCGUUUGGCGAAGACGGGCCGAGUCUGAACAAGAAAUACGGCCGGUUUGGAAAGAUGCUCGGAUCCGGAGCCGGUGGAUCGGUGCGGUUGAUGAAGCGUGCGUCGGACGGGACGACGUUUGCGGUGAAGGAAUUCCGCGCGCGGCAUUCGUACGAGAGCGAGCGCGAGUACUCAAAGAAAGUCACGGCCGAGUUUUGUAUCGGGUCGACGCUGCACCAUCCAAACAUCAUCGAGACGCUGGAUAUCAUGCAUGAGAACGGCAAGUUCUACGAGGUGAUGGAGUACUGUCCUUACGAUCUGUUUGCGAUCGUCAUGUCUGGCAAGAUGUCGCGGCCGGAGAUUUUCUGCGUGUUUAAGCAGAUCCUGUCUGGAGUUGCGUAUCUGCACGAGAUGGGUCUCGCCCAUCGCGAUCUGAAGCUUGAUAACUGUGUGGUGUCUGAGCAGGGAAUCGUGAAGAUCAUCGACUUUGGCUCUGCGUCGGUCUUCCGCUACCCGUUCGAGUCGGAAAUCGUACAGGCGCACGGAAUCGUCGGCUCGGAUCCGUACCUCGCGCCCGAAGUCUGCUCUGAGCUCAAGUACGACCCGCAACCGGCCGACGUGUGGUCUGUGGCGAUUAUCUUUUGCUGCAUGCUGCUCCGCCGGUUCCCAUGGAAAGCGCCGCGCAAGUCCGACAACUCGUUCCGGCUCUUCAGCUCAGAACCGCUGGACCCCGAGCACCCUGAGCAGGCGGUGAAGCCUCCUGGCACGAACCCGGACGGCACCGCGCCGCAGCCGGUGAUCCGCGGUCCCUGGCGUCUGCUGCGAUUACUCCCGCACGAGACGCGACAGAUUGUGGGCCGCAUGCUCGAGUUGGACCCGAGCAAGCGCGCGACGCUGAGCGAGAUCUUUGACGAUCCGUUUGUGAAGACGAUCGAGAUGUGUACGAUCGACGAGGAAGGCAAGUUUGUCAAGAGCCCGAGCCACGAUCACACGCUCGUGCCGGCGGAAAGCGCGCACUUGGUGAGCUAUAAGAAGAAAGAUGGUGAGAAGUAAAUAGGACCGGUGUUGUUGUUUUUAUAUGUUGAUUUGCUCGGUUCGUUCCUCUUUUCUCUCUCGUUUUAUGUAUUUUUUGUAGCAUGUUCCAGAUCAUGUACCCCGGGAAGGAAGCAGCUGAAGAAGAAAAAAAAGAGAUUGGUGUCGACUUGCAUGUCGGAGUGCUUGUUUCUAUGACUCAAUGUGUUCCUAUCUAAUUUUGGGUUUUUCAGAGUUUUUGUAUGUUUUCUUCAUUCCUAUUCUUUCGCCGUCUGUAUCUUUGUUUAUGUUUUCUCAUGAUCUUUUGAUUUGAUACACUCUUUUGUUGUUGUGGAUGUUGAUGUCGUUGUUGUAUUUACACAGCAGAUUUGGCAAGACCUUGUUCGUGCAUGGCGGGUUUACAAAUGAUAUGUUGGAAUAGUGACCAUUUAGAUUUA